UGUACUGUGGUGGGGAUGAUCCUCACUUCUUUCAAGUGCGCCGUCGAUGGGUUUGACUAGAGGCACACAGACGCCCACCUAUCCGCUCUCUCCGACUCACUUUCCAACGAGCGCUGCAAAAUGGCGGCCGCUCCAUCCAUCCAGCCGCCGUGCGUACACGCGACAAAGCGGGAAAAUUCACCUCACGCGGACUCCGACAGCCCCGCGAGCCGACAGGAUGAGGACGCAGCAUCCGAGGGGAUCGCCAUCCUCCGAGAUCUACCGGAACUGGAUCCGGAGGAGAUCGAAAGACGACUGCAGAAAACUCGCAGAGAGCUGAGCAACAGGAGGAAGAUCCUUAUUAAGAAUUUGCCACAGGACACCACUAACCAGGAGGUCCAUGACAUUCUACGCGAGUACGAGCUAAAAUACUGUUUCGUGGACCGGAACAAAGGAACAGCCUUCGUAACCCUUCUAAAUGGUGACCAGGCACAGGAUGCCAUCCGAAAUCUGCACCAGACAUCAGUCCGCGGCCGUGACAUCACCGUCCAGCUCCAGCCUACGGACUCUCUCCUGUGUGUCACCAACCUACCCUACACACUCACUGCCACCCAGUUUCAGGAGCUGGUGCGUACCUAUGGCAACAUCGAGCGCUGUUUCCUGGUUUACAGUGACCUUACGGGACACUCUAAAGGCUACGGCUUCGUGGAGUACAUGAAGAAGGAUUCGGCAUCCAGGGCACGGUCAGAACUCCUGGGGAAGCCGUUGGGUGACCGGGCGCUUAUGGUGCAAUGGGCUGAUGUCAACCAACUGACCUCUACUGACCACCUCCAUUCCAAGUGCCUGUGCGUGGAUCGCCUGCCGCUGGACUUCGAAGACUCAGAGGAGCUGGCUCACAUUUUUUCAGAGCACUACAAAACUGUCUUCUGCCAGCUGGCUCAAGAUGAGGGGAGUCCAGUACGGGGUUUCGGUGUCGUUGAGUAUGAGAGGGCGGAGCAGGCCGAAGCCGUUCUGCUGGAGAUGGACAGGCAGCUGAUCCAGGGUCAGGAGAUACGGCUGUGUCUCUGUCCUCCAGGGACCUCUGGACGCAGCACGCUUGCUGCCCUCAUCGCUGCUCAGGGCGUGAUGUUGAGCAAUAAGAAAGGUUUGCUGCCAGAACCCAAUCUGGCCCAGUUCCUUAAUAGCAUGACCAAUCCUGCUGCUCUCCAAGUUCUUAUGAGACCCUACCCUACAGGCAAACGUGGAGGAAAGUUUGGCCGACCUCACAAUCUCCCGUUCCUGCGUCCACCGCUCACUGCAGCUCUGCUUCAGUUAGGAAAAGCACAGCAGAGUGCCAUUCUAGGUAAUGGUCUUGUUCUACAGAAUCUUCUCCACAUGCAGAUGGCUCAACAGCAGCUCUUACAGAUUAAAGACAAGCACAUUUCUAAUGUCCCUGGUCUGUUGGGCGAUCCCUCCCGGCUGCUCCUGCAGAAAGUUCUGGGUCUUCGAGCUCCUGCACAGGUUCCUCUGGGGAAGGGGUUGCUGGGAGAUUCUCCCACAGAGUUGGGUCAGGACUCUUCUCCAGUCACAUCCCAGGGAGCGAGCCUAGGGCCUGGAAUAUCUGGUCGCUCACAUGGAAAUUCCACAUCUGAGCAGAACGGAGUCCCGACAGCACCCAUUGCACUGGAAAAACAGCCCACACCUCCAGGAAUGACAGGGGGUUCUGUAUGCGCCCAAAGCCAGAUGCAAAACUUCCUCCCUGGAAUGAACACAGCGAGUCUGGGUCCAUUGCUGGGUAACACGACGCACAAACCUCUGACCAACCAUCACAGCACUAGUCCACAGACUAGCUCUUGUGUUACAACUCAAUCCAAUUGUCAGACAUCUCUAUUAGGAGACCCUCCCUAAAGAAGUCAAGUUGCC